CUUACAGUAGGCUGAGGUUGCUAGAAAUGCUAGGGCCCAGACGCCAGCAAUAUGGCAGAUCCUAGCCCUCAACGAAGGACGCGUUUCGUCUUGUUCAAGCAACAUGUCAUCACAGCGCAUGACAGUCACUUUGCUGGAGGCAAGCAUGCAUUCAUGUCAAUGGCAUCAACUCUGGCGGCGGAGGGCUUCGACGUGCACCUCAUCUCAAUUGCAAGCAGGGGCAAGGUCCUUGUGCACGCGGGCAUGUCCGGCUUGCUUCCGCUGCUGAGUUUCGCGCGGCCAGGCGUGGUGAGCUGGCGCGAGGGGCGGCUGCAACAGCACGUCGUGCUCAGCGACGAGGGUUCCGCUAACGUUGCUGUUGCAGGCCUCACUCCCGCCACAUUAGCCACCCUUGCCGCAUGCUUGCGCGGCCUGACGGGGUGCGAGGCGGCGGCAGCGGCGAUAUUUGUGAAGCCCACAGCUACCACAAGCCCUGUAGCGAGCGAGGAAGCACCGUCUGUGCGAGCCGCUGCAGCGGGUGGCAACAGCUGCACCAUGCUGCGCUGCAGCUGGGACGCGUGGGUCAUCAUCGAUGCGGAUGAAAGCCAGAAGCUGCUCCUGCAACCCCAGCAGCAGCCAGCAGGGACAGCAGGGAGGGAACCCACAGCAGCAGCAGCAGCAGCACCCUCGGGCAGCAGCACCUCCACCACCACCACCACCUCCUCCUCCGCAUCAUCCUAUGCCUCAACCCCCCAUGUCCCCGCCACAACCCUGUUCGAGGUGGUCACCUCCGCUGCGCCUCCCCGCCGCUGCCUAGCGCUGGUGCAGAACGUGCACUUCCUGCCGCUAGGGCCCAGCGGCAGCGGGCCGCGCAGCCCCUCGCUGCUGGCGGCUUGGGGGCGGCUGGCGGGCGUGGUGGCGGUGUCGGAAUUUGUGGCGGACUACCUGCGUAUCCACUGGCCCGUGCAGCAGCAGCAGCAACCGCGGCGGGAGCAGGGCGGGGCGCAGGGCGGGCAGGUGGCGACGGCAGCAGGUGGUAGUGGUGGCGGUGCCGCCGACGCACCGCCGCCGCCAUGCCUGCCGCCGGUGCGUGUGGUGCCCCUGGCUACCUGGGGGGUGUACGGCACGCCGCCCUUCCCUGACCUCAGCGAGCAAGCGCGGCCGCUGCUACGGGCCUGGCGGGUGGCGCAUCGGGCGGACGGCAUCGGGGGUGGGGCAGCAGCAGCCCCCGCGGAAGCAGCCCCCGGGGAGCCCUGCCCGCAGCAGGAGCCAUGCGGGCGGGCCGCUGGUAGUGCUCCGCUGCCAGGUGCUUCCGCCGCUGCCGCCGCCGCUGCUGGCGGCGCCCCUGGUCCGGUGGUUGACGUGGCAGUGCUGAAGCUGACUCCUGAGAAGGGGUGUGCGCUGGUGGUGGAGCUGGCGAGGAGGCUGGCGGGCAGGGGCGUGAGGUUCAGGGUGGUGGCAGGCGACCCCGCCGUAGCUGCGGCACUAGCACCGUUCACCGCUGUGGGUUGUGCAGCCGCAGCCGCAGCAGCCGCAGUUACCGCUGCUAGGUUACCACCAUCAGCUGCCCAGACCGGCGCGGGCACCCUUCCUCCUCCUCCUCCUCCUCCUCCUCCUACUCCUUCUCUUGCUCCUCCUCCUCCUCCUCCUCCUGCGGCCCCCAGUGUGGAGCUGUGGUCCCCGCAGCCUGGGGUGGACCCGGUGCUGGCGGGCUGCGUGGCGGUGCUGGCUCCCUCCUGCUGGCUGGAGGCGUGGGGCAUGGUGGUGACGGAGGCUCUGCUGCGGGGGCUGCCGGCGCUUGUCAGCGACCUGGGCGGGCUGCCGGAGGCGGGCAUGGGCGUGUGUCCGCGCCUGCCUGUGGCUCCCAUUGAGAUACCGCUGGAUGGUGCAGGGGUGCCCAAUUGGUCCGCGCGGCGCUUCCCGCGGCAGCAUGUGGAGCGCUGGGAGGCGAUGCUGCUGGGGCUGCUGCGGGGCGGAGGAGGAGGGCCGCGGGAGGGGGAGGAGGCCAGGGGAGGGGUGGCGUCCGGCGGUGAGGAUGCUGGUGAUGGUGAUGUUGGUGAUGGUGACAUUGAUGAGUGGGAGCGGAUCAGUCGGGUGGGGCGGCAGGCUGCGCUGGCGCACGUGGCCGGUGCUGGCGGGUACCUGACUGACUUCCUGGCAUGGCUGGAGGGACUGUGAGGUGUUGGAGGCCGGGGAAGGGGCCGGCAUGCCUAGGGGAUGCUUGGUGGGGCGGGAGGAAAGCUGGUAGACGGGCACAUGCAUCUACGUCCGAAUGAGUUGAUGUGGUCUCUCGCGGUAUGACCCUUUUGCCGGCUACUUGUAAUCAGCACUCAUCCCUCUUUCACUAGCGCUUUGACGUUGUGGUGGUGGCUGCUCGACCCGGCCCCGCUGGCACAUGUGAGGCCGGGGCCCGAUGAGGCUAGUUGAGGCGGGUGCAGGACAGGUUGGACAGUGACUCGCUCGUGUUGAGGCGAGGUGGGCACCUGAAAGCCGCAAUCGUGUGUACGGCUUUUGAGCGAAUGCCUAUCGCCUAAGAGCUCCCGACACAGUCAUGCCCCGUCUUGGCGUGGAGACCCCGCCACAAUUCACAUGAGAGGAG